AUGCCAUUAGAGAAUGCAACCCUGUUACUGCUCAACGCUACCACCGCGGCGGCGGCUCCGUCGCUCCCGCGCUCAAACGACUUGUGGUGGGUGGGCGUCCUCCUCGACUGCGUCGCCACGCUGGGUGGAGCGAGUGGGAAGCAAUUGCUGCGCCAUGCUGCGGUCACGAAGAACAACUGGUUCAUUCCGCUGGGGAUGUUCUUCACGGCCGUCAUCGAUCCCAUUUUUGACAUAUCCGCGUACGCCUUCGCUGCUCAGUCCGUCAUCGCGCCGAUGGCGGGGAUGGUGGUUGUCUGGAACGUGGUGCUCGCGCCCUUUACGCUCGGCGAGGCGCCGCUGUGGCCCGCGCGCCCUCCGCCGCGCGACCGCGGCACGCUGCUGGUCGUCCUCGGCACCGCCUGCUCGGGCUUCUUCGGGAACCACCUCGUGCACGAGCGGACCGUCGACGAGUAUCUCGCGCUCUUCGCGCGCCCGCUCGCGCAGCUCUACUACGUCUGCUUCGCCGCCGUCUCCGCCGUCUGCCUCUACUACCUCCGGCGCGGGCAACAUGAUGACGACAAAGGCGACCGGCCGAGGCCACGCGCCGUCCUCGUUAUCCUCGCUGGCCUCUACGUGCUCUGCUCGGGCGAGCAGCAGUCCCUCGCCAACGACGCGGACGGCGAGCACAACGGGCUGGCGGCGCACGACGGCGCGAGGCCGCAGCGGCCGGCGGGCUACAAGAGGGGAGCCAGGCGGCGCGGCGACGAGGGCGUCGCGAUGGUGAGGGACGAGGGCGCGCAUAACGCUGCUCCGCUCCGCUCUGCGGCGGAGGGAGGCGGCGAGCACGCGUCGACGCGCUCGCAGUCGCCGGAGGAGCGGCUCGCCGACUUGUACAACGCCGAGGUAUGA